GUCCUUCUGUCUGUGUUUCCUGCUUUAAAUCAUGAUUCAUUAAUGAAGUUAGUGAUUUAAACAGACUCUUUAUGUUUCAUUUAAGCUGUGUAGUUCCGGGAAGGUUGAAACUGAAGCGGUAAAAUGAGCGGAUGGGCUGGUUUCUCUGAGCAAGACCUGCGGAGGAUGCAACAGAAAGAUGCAGCUGCAGCACGCGGCCGCAAACCGGCUCCAUCCUCCCGUAGCCGGCAGCAGAUACAGCGAGAGAAAGCUCUGCAGCUGGCCGGGUCUGCAGGUCUGCCGCUGGAGCAGCAGCUCAGCAAACCACCGCCGAGGGAUGAGCCUCCACCUGCAGCUCCAGCAGCAGCUACAGCUCCAGCUCCGGUUCAAGCAGCUCCAGCAGCUCCAGCAGCAGCUCCGUCCGUGAAGGUGGAGCUGCAGCCGAAGAGCAGCGAAGUAAAGCCGGCUGCAGAGGAAGAAAGUCCGGCUGUUAAAGAGCUGGAGAAACAAGAGGUGGAACUGCGGGAAAAGACGCGUCUGGAACAACUUCAACAGGAGCAAAAGAUCAUCGAAGAGAGAAAUAAAAGGAAGAAAGCUCUGCUCACUAAAACUAUCGCUGAAAAGUCCAAACAGACUCAGGCAGAAGCGGUGAAGUUGAAGCGGAUCCAGAAGGAGCUGCAGGCGCUCGAUGACAUGGUGUCCAAUGAUAUCGGCAUCCUGAGAGGGAAGAUCGAGCAGGCCAGCUGGGAGUACAGCACCGCCAGGAAGCGUUACGAGAAGGCGGAGGCGGAGUACGUGAUCUCCAAGCUGGACCUGCACAAGAAGACGGAGGCGAAGGAGCAGCUGACGGAGCAUCUCUGCGCCAUCAUCCAGCAGAAUGAGCUGCGGAAAGCUCACAAGCUGGAGGAGCUGAUGCAGCAGCUGCAGCUUCAGGAGGACGAGAAGGAGGAGAAAGAGGAGGAGUUGAAAGAGGAGGAGGAGGUGAAGAGGAACGGUGUGGAGGCGCAGAGAGGUGGGAAAGAGGAGAAUGGUGUCGUGGUGGUGGAGGAGAAUCAGGAGGGAGGAGUGCAAUCGAGUAAAGACUGUAGAGCUGCAGAGGAGGAGACACAGGGAGGAGGAGGAGCAGGAGGAGGAGCAGGAGGAAGAGGAAGAGGAAGAGGAGAAGGAGAGACGAUUGAAGCUCCAAACACUGAACAAACACUAGAAAACUGUCUCCAGAGUGAAAGCGUCGCCUCCUGAUGCUCCGAAUAGAAACACUGAAUCUGAUGAAUCUAAUAAACUGUCACAAACCUCUGAGCUGAGUCUGAGCUGCAGGUUCGAGAGUUUAAACUUCAAUAACACACAGAAACAAGUCGA